CGGUCACACUGUUCUGGACUUUUCACGUGUUGUAAUUUGUUUUCAAUUUAGUUUAUCAAAUAAAAUUAAAAAUAUGUCCAAGUUUCUCUCUUAUUAUAACCUUUUUCCGAUACCGGAUCCCAAGGAGUUUUUGGGAAUGUCCUCGGACAAAGAAAAGGGCAACGUGGUGACCACACUGGCACGCAAUGUGGUCGUGGUUUUGAAUAUAAGGACACAAACGCAGUUGUUCAGUUGGUCCCUUCCAGAGAAGCUGUCGUCAAAGGUUAUAUACGAUCCCAGCAGUCAAAACUACGUGGGAGUCUUUGGAAAUCACUCUUUGCGCCUUUGGGAUGUGGAUACCGGCGAUGUGUCCAAGUGCAAGAAACUGAAGUUUCAGAAAAGUAUUGCUCAUUUGGUGGAAACUAACCAGGAAGCUUUAGUCCUCUUCAGCGAUGGCGACUGCCAGACUCUAUCUCAGGCACUGGCUUCACGUAAGGAUCAGAAAGAAGAUACGGCCUCGCAACUGGCUCUGGCAGCCAGCAAAGUCAUCAGCAAGCCAACUAUUUACACCAUGGCCCAGGGCCAGCAGGUGCUCACCUAUUUUGAGGAGACGAAGGCCACUGGUGAACUGCAGCUCAUCCGGGUUUCACUGGCCACGGCCACCAGGCGGGAGUACGCCAUCAAAAGGGAAGAUGUACGGUUAACUGGCUAUGCCGUCAUCGAGGGGGAUACGGCUCCCCAAUUAUUGACGAUUUGGUCCGACAAGCGAAUCUUUAUGCUAAACUUGGCAGACCGAACUUCAGAGCGUUCGCCCGGGCAAUUCGUGUCUAUGCUGGCCGAGCUGAAUGUGGAAAGCAAGAUGUCUGUGCAUGGAGUUUCUAGGAAUUUCGCUGCAAUCUACGGGGCCAACUAUGGUCAGGAAGGGGCCUCUCUAUUAGUAUACAACACGCAGUUCAAAGUGGUGAAUGCCAAGCAGUACUUCAAGGUGUACCUAGAAUUCUCUCGCCUGUGGGCCGGAGAUCAGCACAUCCUUCUGGCUAUGGGUCAUAAUAUAGCCUCCGUGGAGUACCGAAUGAACCAAGAGGUUCUUAUAGACAUGUUGGGCUCCCAGCUCAGAGAUACACACUUCACGCCCAUCGAAAUGGAUCAUAUCAACGAGGAGGAGCACUUGGAGUCAGUCAUCACAUUCAAUGGUAGCACUAAGCCCUUCAAUUAUAAGGCUACUAAAUCCAAGAUGAAUAAACUCCUGUCUUCGCCGGAGUUGCAAGCUGCCGAUGGCAGGGAGUUAGCAUAUGAUCCUCCCGAGCUAAUGGACCAAGAGAUUAACGAGAUAAUCAAGAAUCAUGUCCAUGGAGAAGUCACCAGCAGUGAAAACGCUCUUGACGAUGUAAGCGUGACUCUGAUGACAAACUUCUUUGACGCAGGACCAAUGAACACGGCUGUCCAGGCUUUGGUUCGACAGCUGGAGAGAAGUGGAGCCGGCGAAGAGGAGAUCAUUGAGAAGAUUCUCACUCUUUUUAUUAAAACAGGUAACACCGAACAUGUACUGAUGUGUCUACGCCGCUAUAGCAACAUAUCAGAAAAAAUGCUGGCCUGGUCACUGCGAUUUGCUUUAGACACAUGUGAAAAUGCACCCCAAGUCAACGGUCAUGCCCAGGACAAACCAGCUGCUUCGAAUAAGUCUAACGAUAUGUUGCUCAAUGCAGUGCUUUCAUGCAAAUUUGAUUCCAUCGGUAUUGAAGAGCACCUUCGCCACCAUCUGGAAUUAGUGCACGUGCAGCGCCUAAUUAAACAUCUAUAUAAUCUAGCUAGUGACCCCAGAGCCCAGUUGGAGGAGCGACCGAAUCAGAGCUACUCGAUGGUUCAAACCGAGCUGCACUCCCUGCAAUGGCUCGGUUGCCUCCUAACCUCCCACUUUACCUUGUUGAGUAUAUCGAGGGACGAAGAUUUGCGCGAGACGCUCUCUAAUUGGGCCAAACUCCUCUCCUUCUAUCAGGACAGCUUAUUUGACUUGGCAAACAUAGUCCCACUUCUCACGCAUAUUGUUGAGAAGCGCAAGACAAAACCCAUUUACUCCACAACGUGGUAUGGCGUCGAGGAGGUCGUACUCUACUAGGGCCACAAUGUAAAGGACUAUUAUGCUUUUCCCUAAGAUUGUUAUAAAGUGAUAAGUUAAAUAUAUUUAAAGUUUAUCUGAAUUUA